AUGCUCAGAGCAGUUUUACAGACACAGGCAAGAUUGAAUUCUCGGGUCGUGUUUGCGCGAUCCAUUCAGACAAAAACUGUGCGUCCUUGGAGCACGCACAGACUCACAAGCGCCCCUGCGGUAACGAGCCCGGCACCAAAGCAAGCGGAAGUCCCCGAGAAGGCGGCCGCGCCCAAGCCGGAAGUCGAAAGCAAGCCCAAGCGCCGUCCGCUGAAGCCUCGCAAGGCUGCAAUUACGCUUACGCCCUCGGCGCUCGACCAUCUUCGCAGCCUGCUAGACUCGCCCACUCCCAAGCUCAUUCGCAUCGGAGUGCGCAACCGUGGCUGUUCAGGUCUUAUUUAUCAUCUCGAAUACGUUGAAAAGCCCGGAAAAUUCGACGAGGAAGUUGUCCAAGAUGGAGUUAAGGUGCUGAUUGACUCGAAGGCAUUGUUCUCCGUGAUCGGCUCCGAGAUGGACUGGAAGGACGACAAACUGGCUUCCCGCUUCGUUUUCAACAAUCCAAACGCUAAAGGCGAAUGCGGAUGUGGUGAAUCGUUCAUGGUCUAA